CCCUCAUCGCCUCCAUCUAUCUAGCUCCUCAGCUUCGAUCAUCUACUACUACAUACUAAUCCAAUUGCAUCAAUCAUCACUGUAAAUUAAAGAGCAGAGCUUGUGCCUGGUCGAGGUAGCAGCACGGCACGCAAUAAUGGCCGCCCAGACCCAAGGCGCCGUGGACGCCCUGCUGGGCCUCCUGUCAACGGCGAUCAAGGAUGAGGCGAAGCUUAUGGGCGGCAUGCCAGGCAACAUGCAGUUCAUCAAGGACGAGAUGGACAGCAUGAACGGGUUCCUGACGCACCUGACCAAGAUGGAGGACGAGCACGACGACCAGGUCCGCGCCUGGAUGAAGCAGGUGCGGGAGAUCGCCUACAUCUCCGAGGACUGCGUGGAGCGCUACGUGCGCGACAUCCUCCCGUACCUGCCCGGCGGCGGCGACCCCGGAUUCCUGUACAUCAACACGAUACGCUUCCUCCUCGGCCACCCCUGCAAGUACUGCGAGCUCCGCAAGCUCGGCAACCAGCUCGCUGAGCUCAAGCUCCGCGUGCGCGAGGUUGGCCAGAGGCGGGAGCGCUACGGCGUCAGAGUUCCGGAGGCCAACAAGAAGCCGCCGGUGGUCAGGUCACCUGCUGCGGCUGCCGGUGCCCAAGACGAAGAGAAGAGGAGGGAGGAUUUUCGACGUGAACUGGAAGCACAAGUACUACAACAACAAUACGUCGUCGACCCGGACCAUUGUUGGGCUGCCUCUUUACUCAGCAUCAGCAGCAGAGCCAUUGACCUGUUUCCUGAUCAUCAUGCAUUACGACGAUCUAAAGCCAAGGACGACGACAAAAAAGCUCCUGAAGGCGGCGGCGGCGGCGAUGACGACGAUGCCAAAAAAAUACUAGGUCGCAUCCUGGAGAAAUGCUUGACUAAACCACCGCCGCCGCCGGAUCAUCGUCUGGGGGAUGAAGAAGCAGCACUAGUCAGGAUGUUCCUUUGUGCUCUCUACGCCUCCCCUUAUUACACGACCAACCAAGAGCAAGAGCUGAAGAACCUGGACAAGAAGCUGGAGGAGAAACACGAUGAGGACAACAGGGAACAAGUGAUGACCUUCUGCUACAGCAUGCUGUCCACCGAGCAGAAGAGCUGCCUGCAGUACCUGACGGCUUUCCUCCACGAGAAGGAGAUCAGCAGGACAAGCAUGGUGAGGCGAUGGGUCGCCGAAAGGCUUGUAGUGAAACAAGUGCACGAGCAGGACAGCAGCAGUACUCUAGAGGAAGCCGGCGAGCGCUGCUUCAGCGAGCUUGUCUUCCGAGGCUUCGUCCAUCCCCGUCGCUUCAGCGACUCCGGCACAGUCAAGAGCUGCACCAUGGAGGAGCCAGUCAGAGGCUUCGUCGGCAGCAUCACCAGGAGCGAGAACUUCCUGCUCCACCUGCCGUCUCACCUGGAGCGGCAGCUCAAGAUCCGGGAGAUAGUCCAAGGCCGGCCUCCAUCGUCCUUGCCGCCGCCGCUGCCGCCUCCACAGCAACCCUUGCGGCUGCGUCUGCGUUUGAGGAACGCCGUCCGCUGCAACCCUUGCACCCCAACAGGACUAUUGCUGCCGCCGGAGGAGGAUGCCAGCAGCGCCGGCGGCAACAACCCCAUGGACAAGCUGGUGGAUUUCCUGGAAGACCUCCCUGAGCUGUACCGGCUCAACGUGCUGGACUUGGGAGGCUGCAAGGGCCUCCAGAGGCGCCACAUCUGGAGCUUCCGCAAGCUGGUGUGGCUCAGGUAUCUGAGCCUCCGGGACACGGACGUCCACAGGUACUACGAUGCUGCCAGUGCCACUGCCAGCAGGUGCAGCCGGUACAUCAACCGGCUCACGCUGCUGGAGACGCUGGACAUCCGGGGAACCAACAUACCACCCGGCGACACCAGGAGGAUCUACCUGCCAAACCUAAAGCACCUGCUCGCCGACCGCCGCCGCCCCGACGACGACCGCACGCCCAAGAUGCCAAGCAGGAUUGGCUGGAUGAAGAGCAUGCAGACGCUGUCCCACGUCAGGGUUUCCAAGGAGGGCACCGAGCUGGAAGGGGUUGUCAGGCUGCGCUCGGCGCAGCAGCUGAGGAAGCUUGGCGUCGUCGUCCAUGGCAACAAGAGGACCGCAGAGUACCUGAGCCGGGUGCUCUACGCGCUGGCUCCAUGCCUGCGCUCCCUCUCCAUCUGGGUCAUCACCAACACCCAGACCCAGCCCCUCGACAUCCCCACCAUUCAGGCGGAGUCCAGCAUGGUCCUCGUCUCCUCGAGAACCUAGACAUCAAGGGGAACAUCACCAGCCUCCCUUCGUGGAUCGGGAGCAGGGCCCAGACCCAGAGCCUGGCCAACGUCACUCUACGCGACACUGAGAUCAGUGCAGGAGAGGCUCUGAGGAGGCUUGCCAGUGUCCCAGGACUGCGCUGCCUGAAGCUCGUCCGCGAGGCCUUCGCCGAGCAAGUCAUCGUCUUCGGCAAGGACGUCCAGUUUAAAGCUCUCAGGAUCCUCGUCGUCGAGGGCAGCGAUGCCUUCACCGCCAGCAGACUGGAAUUCUCUGCGGCUCCUCCUAAUCCUAAGCAGGAGAAGAUCGCAGCAGAUUCAGCUGCUCUAGCAGCUCCAACAACUCCAGCUACAGCUACAGUAGAUCCUAAGCUGGAGAAGACCGCAGCUCCAGCUCCUAAGCUGGAGACGAUAACAACUCCAGCUCCAGCUUUAGAAGAUUCUAAGCCGAAGAAGACCGCAGAUGCAGAUCCACCACCUUCAGUAGCUCCUAAGCUGGAGAAGAUCGUCUGGGCCGUAGGAGGAGGAGGAGGCGGCAGCAGCAGCAGGACGAUGAAGAAGGGCUAUAAUGAUCGGCAGCAGGACAUCACCAUCAUCUCUGGAAUCAAAAACAUUCCCAGUCUAAAGACGAUUGAGCUUAGAGGCGACUUCAAUGUGCCCAAUCUCUUGGACUGGACAACGAAAGCCACAUCUGAUCCAAAAAGGUGCCUGUACGUAUCCUCCUCCGAUGGAAAAAUAUUGAUCGAUAAGGUUUCACUCCCAACCGCUGGUGGUGAUACACUCUCACUUCCUGUUCGGGUUAUCAACCGGCAGUAAGUAAUGGUACCAAACGAUAUGAUGCUUCUUGUUGUUGUUGUUGUGUACUUCGAUACGUACGGUUGGCUCACGGCUGCUAGCUGUAGCUAGCUGCUGUCGUCUGGGCUGCCUAAUUUAAUUGUAACUAUGGUUUGCUGUUUAAUUUGUCGCAUAUACAUAUGUGUGUAUUACUAUGUACAUGGUGUAUGAUUGUGUGAUGUAUAUAUAUGUAUAAUCCUUGAUUGUGUGAACUCUAUGCAUGUAAUCCUCAAUGUGAUAAUGUACAGCUGGGUUUUAUA